GGAAGAUUGGAAAUGCAGCUCUGGAGUUUGCUGCUGCCUCUUGCGCUUCUCUGUACAGCCCUAGCCAGUGGACCCGAAUGUGGGAUGGACGAGCGCUCCCGCAGGGCAAGAAGGGACACCAGGCAGAGCCGCCAGCUCCGCUACACGGCCCCGGGCACCUGUGCCACCAGGUUAGCCCGAGGAAGGCGCUCCACUGCUGGGCUGGAGCCUGGGCAUGUCCCCCGCAGGAGGCAACAGCGGGAGGUAAAGGACGAAGAGGAGUCCCUUACCCCGAGCAGGGCGCUCUAUUUCAGUGGACAAGGUGAUCAGCUGCGGCUGAAGGCAGAUAUUGAGCUGCCCCGAGAUGCCUUCACUUUGCAAGUGUGGCUGAAAGCUGAAGGAGGACAGAGAUCUCCGGCUGUCAUUGCAGGACUAUAUGACAAAUGUUCUUACACCUCCCGUGACCGAGGAUGGGUCCUGGGGAUUAACACCGUCAGUGACCAGGGGAAUAGAGACCCCCGCUAUUUCUUCUCUCUGAAGACGGACCGUGCUCGCAAAGUAACCACCAUUGCAGCACAUCGCAGCUACCUCCCCAACCAGUGGGUGCAUCUGGCUGCCACGUACGACGGGCAUCUGAUGAAACUCUAUGUCAAUGGUGCCCAGGUGGCCACAAGCGGAGAGCAAGUGGGCAGCAUCUUCAGUCUUCUGACCUUGAAGUGCAAGGUGCUCAUGGUUGGAGGAAAUGCCCUGAAUCAGAACUAUCGGGGUUACAUAGAGCACUUCAGCCUCUGGAGGACAGCCCGGUCUCAGAAGGAGAUCUUGUUGGACAUGGGCCAGGCAAUUCACAGACAAGACAUGCCUCUACCUCAGCUAGUUCUUCAAGACAGUUUACUGAAUGUGAAAAACACCUGGUCUCCCAUGAAGGAUGGCAGCAGUCCUCAGAGCAAGUUCAGCUAUCAUCAUGGCUAUUUGCUGGAUACCAGCCUAGACCCUCCUCUCUGCGGACAGACGGUCUGCGACAACACGGACGUAAUCGCCAGCUACAACAAGCUCCCUCGCUUCCGCCGCAACAAAAUCGUUCGCUAUCGUGUGGUGAAUCUCUAUGACGACAAGCACCAGAACCCCACUGUCAGCCGACAGCAGAUUGAGUUCCAGCAUCAGCAUUUAAAUGAGGCUUUCAGCCGCUACAACAUCACCUGGGAGCUGGAGGUGCUGGAGGUGAAGAACUCUUCCCUUCGCCACCGACUCAUCCUCGCCAACUGCGAUAUCAGCAAGAUCGGGGACGAGAACUGUGACCCUGAGUGCAACCACACCUUGACGGGGUACGACGGGGGAGACUGCCGCCACGUACGCCACACGCUCUUCAACAAGAAGAAGCAGAACGGUGUGUGUGACAUGGAUUGUAAUUACGAGAGGUACAACUUCGAUGGUGGGGAGUGCUGUAACCCGGAGAUAACGGAGGUCACCAAGACGUGCUUUGACCCAUAUUCUCCUUACAGAGCAUACUUAGAUGUCAACGAACUAAAGAACAUCCUCAAACUGGAUGGAUCCACGCACCUCAACAUCUUCUUUGCCAACUCCUCCGAGGAAGAGCUGGCUGGAGUGGCAACUUGGCCCUGGGACAAGGAAGCCUUGAUGCAUCUAGGUGGCAUUGUGCUGAAUCCCUCCUUCUAUGGAAUCCCUGGCCACACACACACAAUGAUCCAUGAGAUUGGGCACAGCCUGGGGCUCUAUCACGUCUUCCGGGGAAUCUCAGAGAUCCUCUCCUGCAGUGACCCCUGCAUGGAAACGGAGCCCUCCUUCGAGACCGGGGACCUCUGCAGUGACACCAACCCUGCUCCCAAGCACAAGUUGUGUGGGGAUCCUGGACCUGGCAAUGACACAUGUGGCUUUCACAGUUUCCUAAACACGCCGUUCAGUAACUUCAUGAGCUAUGCAGACGAUGACUGCACCGACUCCUUCACGCCCAACCAAGUGGCCAGGAUGCACUGCUACCUGGACCUGGUCUAUCAGAGCUGGCAGCCCGUGAAGAAACCAGCUCCCAUUGCAAUCGCCCCCCAGAUUGUGGCUCGGACCUCCACCUCGGUCACCCUGGAGUGGUUUCCACCCAUCGAUGGGCACUUCUUUGAAAGAGAAGUGGGAUCAGCAUGUGAUCUGUGUGCGGAAGGAAGAGUCCUGGUGCAAUACGCCUUCAGCUCCUCUUCCCCGAUGCCCUGCGACCCCUCGGGGCACUGGAGCCCCCGGGAAGCAGAAGGGCACCCUGAUGUUGAGCAGCCCUGUAAAUCCAGCGUCAGGACAUGGAGUCCCAACUCGGCAGUCAACCAGCACAUGGUGCCCCCGGCCUGUCCCGAGCCUCAGGGCUGCUACCUGCAGCUGGAGUUCCGUUAUCCCCUGACUCCAGAGUCCCUCACGGUCUGGGUGACAUUUGUUUCCCCAGAUUGGGACUCCAGUGGAGUGGUGAAUGACAUCAAGUUGCUCACCGUCAGCGGGAAGAACAUUUCUCUCGGUCCGCAGAACGUCUUCUGCGACAUCCCGUUGACCAUAAAGCUGGAUGCGGGACAGGUGGGCGAGGAGGUGUAUGGGAUCCAGAUCUACACUCUGGAUGAGCACCUGGAAAUUGAUGCUGCCAUGCUGAGCUCCGUGCCCCACAGCACGCUGUGUGCGGACUGCAAACCCAUCCAGUACAAAGUGGUGAGGGACCCUCCUUUCCAGUCUGGAUCUCCAGUCGUCAUCUCAAACCUCAGCAGGAGAUUCGUCGACACGGAACUGAGCGACAGCACCACGUACACGUACCAGGUCAUCGUUGUCUCCGGGGCGGAGGAGAGCGAGCCUUCCCCCGCGCUGCGCUACGUCUCUGGGAGUGGAUACUGCGGAGACGGGAUUAUCCAAAAAGACCUGGGGGAAGAAUGUGAUGAUAUGAAUAAGAUCAACGGCGAUGGCUGCUCCCUCUUCUGCCUGCAGGAGUUAUCCUUUAAUUGCAUCGAUGAACCCAGCAGGUGCUAUUUCCACGAUGGUGAUGGAGUCUGUGAGGAAUUUGAGCAAAUGACCAGCAUCAAAGACUGUGGCGUUUACACUCCCAAAGGCUUCCUCGAUCAGUGGGCUUCCAACGUCUCUGUUUCACAUCACAGUGACCAGCAGUGUCCAGGAUGGGUGGUCAUUGGUCAGCCAGCAGCUACCCAGAUGUGUCGAACUAAGGUGAUUGAGUUGAACGAGGAUGUCUCUCAGUACGCCUGGCAUCCCUGCACGGCCAACUUCCAGUACUCCCCCAUGACACAGACCGUUUUCUGGCUCAAGGCUUAUUUUUCCCAGCCUAUGGUGGCUGCAGCAGUCCUGGUUCACUUGGUCACUGAUGGGACCUAUUACCUGGAUCAGAAGCAGGAGACCAUCGGUGUGCAGCUGUUUGACACCAAAGAGCAAAGCCAUGAUCUUGGUGUCCACGUCCUGAGCUGCAGGAACAAUCCCCUGAUUAUCCCCGUCAUCCAUGACCUCAGUCACCCUUUUUAUCACACCCAGGCCGUCCUCAUUAGCUUCAGCUCCCAGUUUGUGGCCAUCUCCGGGGUGGCCCUGCGUUCCUUCCACAACUUCGACCCCAUCACCAUCAGCAGCUGCCAGCGAGGACAGACCUACAGCCCGGCGGAGCAGAGCUGUGUCCACUACUCCUGCGAAGCCACCGACUGCCAGAAGCUGGAGAUCGAGAACGCGGUGCUGAACUGCACGGGUGGCGGGUGGUUCAACGGCGCCCAGUGCAACGUGAGCUGCAGGACGGGCUACAUUUUGCAAGUCCAUCGAGAUGAUGAGCUCAGCAAGAGCCAGACGGAGUCCAGCAUCACCAUGACUUGCACGGAUGGGAAGUGGAACAAGCAGGUGACCUGCGAGCCCGUGGACUGUGGUGUCCCAGACCAGUACCAUGUCUACCCUGCUACCUUCAACUGCAGCGAGGGGACCACCUUUGGCAAGAAAUGCUCCUUCACUUGCCGGCCUCCAGCUCUUCUGAAAGGAAACAACAGCAACUUGACCUGCAUGGAGGACGGGCUGUGGUCCUUUCCAGAGGCCCUGUGCGAGCUGAUGUGUCGAGCACCAUCCGUCGUCCCCAACGCGGAUCUCCAGACUAGUCGUUGCCGAGAAGAUAAGCACAAAGUGGGCUCCUUUUGCAAGUACAAAUGCAAACCAGGUUACCAUGUCCCUGGAUCCUCCAGAAAAGCAAGAAAGCGAGCCUUUAAGAUCCAGUGCACGCAAGACGGCACGUGGCUGCCGGGCGCUUGCGUGCCCGUUACCUGUGACCCUCCACCUUCCAAGUUUCAUGGGCUCUACCAGUGCUCCAAUGGCUUCCAGUUCAACAGCGAGUGUCGGAUCAAGUGUGAAGAUGAUGACAAUCAGUCGGGCCGUGGAAGCAACGUGAUUCACUGCCGGAAGGACGGCACCUGGAGCGGCUCCUUUCAUCUCUGCAGGGAGAUGCAGGGCCAGUGCGCGCUGCCCACGCAGCUCAACAGCCACCUGAAGCUGCAGUGUGCCAGCGGCUACGGAAUAGGUGCAGAGUGUACCACCUCCUGUCUGGACCACAGUCACGAGCCCAUCCUCCUGCGUGUGAACGAGACUGUGCAAGACAUCCAGUACUGGAUGAACCCUCAGAGAGUGAAGAGCGUUGUCUGCACGGCGGGACUCAAGUGGUACCCUCACCCUUCCCUGAUUCAUUGCGUCAAAGGCUGCGAGCCUUUCAUGGGGGACAACUACUGUGACUCCAUCAACAACAGAGCCUUCUGCAACUAUGAUGGUGGGGACUGCUGUGCCUCAACAGUCAAGACCAAAAAGGUUACUCCCUUCCCUAUGUCCUGUGACCUACAAGGAGAGUGUGCUUGCCGGGACCCCAACGCCCAAGAGCACAAUCAGAAAGACCUCCGUGGCUUCAGUCUUGGGUAACGCCAAGCGACGUGGAAUGGAGGACCACAUUGCUCAAGGCAGGCUAGGAGAGACACCACAUCCCUUUUGGUAUCGUUUUUAACAUUUAGCUGCUCAACUGGAUGGCAUUUCUGCACCAGGGACCCUUAGAAUUCAACCAGUCUGCCUUUAAUUUUUGUCCAAGGAGAACUCAAAGUAGGGGUUUAUGUAUUAACUAUAUCUUAAAUAGUGAUGACAAGAAACAAACAACCAAGAGUCAAGUCGAGAAGACUUUCAUGUAUCAAAACAGCAUGUUAUGCCCACCUAAUUUGAACAGUUCAUAUCUAGAUUCAAGGCGAGAAACAAGCUAUUUAUGUACACAUAUUUAUAGAAAUAAGUAGAGAAAGAGAGAAUGAGUGAGAGAUUAUGAUCAACGCAAAAACACUUUCCCCUCUCCAGCACUCACAACUCAGACCGUUCGUGGAAAAGGCUGUGCUCUUGGAGGACUCCAAGCCGAGCCUUUUCUGAUGCUGAAUGCCAAGGUAUCGCAUGCUCGGGGCACUGAGGUCGGGGUGGGAUCUCCACAGGGCUGUGCCUCUUGGCAAGUGACUUGCCAGACGCCCAGCCAGCUCGAGACGUGGGAUGCAUCUGCUCCUCCCAGGAAUUCUACUUCCAGCCAGGGAGCUCAGCAGACUGCAGUGGCCUUUCUGUACGGCUCCUCCUUCUCCCCCUGCCCUCAAAAAGCCAACAAAAAGCCCCCUUUGUAGCCUGCCUGAAAGCUGCAAGGCUGCCGGGACGCUGAUGUGUGGAGGUGGGCAGGUGGUCCUAUGGUGGAAUCAGGGAAUGGGGAGUCUAAGGACUGGCUUUGAGGAAGGUGGGUGAUUGCUUCUGAGGAGCAGAGAGGGUAACUCGUCCCCGCACUUGUCAUUUGAGCAUAUCUGCUGCUGCUACUCCUGCUGCUAUGUCCCGUACAACUUGUUUCUUUACUGUGUCAGGACAGGGUGAAAAACAACCCCAUGCAACCAAAUAGUCUGCCUUAAAGCUUACCUACAAACCUGCCUUUCAAACCCUCUGGUCUCUUCCUCAGCAUUGGGGCAAGAAAACAGGACACCAGCCAGCCAAAGGGGUCUGCUUUCUGGUCUCCACCCAGCCGAGUGGUUCUCUAGGCCUCCUCCACCCCCCUCGUGGGGUGGUAUAUAUCUGACAACCGCUUCAUGCUCCUGUUUUCUCAGGAGAAGGGAAGAGGAGGAGGAGGCACGUGCUAUGGGGAAAGGACCAUGGGAGACAGUAUUAGAAUUUUGGCCAUAUUUGUCAGUAUUAAGCUGCCAGGCCAGUGGGUUGGACACCUUUGAUAGACCAGGAGCUUAGCUGCUUGUAAUCGUCCAGAAGGAAGGGCAUUAGCUGCAGCAGACCUCAUACUUCCCUGUUGUGUAGCUCCAUCCUCCUCUUUCAGUCCAGGGGGGAACACGUGUGGUGCCAGACCCCUGGGGACUCAUUUCAUCCCGUUGAGUCACUGAGGUGCCCAGUGCAUCCAGUGCUGCUGCUACAACCCAUCCCAGGUAAAUCCCAGUGUGGCUUGGGCUUGUCUCCUGCUGCUUCAGGCUCCUGCUGGGAAGAACAUCCAAAAGAGUGUCCUUCCAAGUGUUAAGUCUGUUCCUUGGGACUCUCCUGACUUGUACAAUCUAUUGGAUAGAGACAGGUUGGAAAGAUUUUUUUCCCUGUUCCUUGAUUGAACAUUUAGGCACUGGAGCAAGGCUGAAGGGUAAGGGGGUGUGUGUCAUGGAGAUGGAUGUAAAAAUGGGUAAGAGAACUACAAAUGGAAAACUGGCAGAGUUGUGGGUGCAAGGAGCCAGGCUCUUGUCACCCACCGUUGGGGUGGUUUUUCUGUUGGAAUAAACCAUAGAUGAAUCUCAAGAACUAAAAUUUAGAGGCCUGGCGAGGUGAUUGUCAUAAGAAGGUGAGGAGCUUGCUGUUUUGAAGCUCCUUGUUAUUUUGGAGAGGGCCUGGCCACGGGGGCUGGCUCUGCCCCCACCAUGUGGGGGGAUACAGGAAAGGGAGGUGCAGUGGGAUCAGGGCUCCUUCUGUGCAGUUAGAUUGAACGUCCUCCAGUGUAGAGACCCUGGGCCCGGGCAAAACUUCUACUUUUGCCCCUUGCCACCUAAUUAACAAUGGAAGUAAAUAAUUAUGAAAAGGUUGCUUCCUUCAGGUCCCUUUAUCCCGCCCUUUUGUGUUGGCAGUUUGUUCAUGUGCCAUCCAGCCCAUCAGAAGAGCUCACAACCUCAAAAGCCUUUCAGGCUGCCAACACAUCAUGUCCUCGGUGCACAGGGCAUCUUGAUAGGAUCUCCCCCAUCCACCCAACCUGGCCCCAGCAGGGAGCCCCAGUUUGGGUCCUGCAUGCAUUCUGGUGGCAGCUCAGUUUGCAAAAUCCCCUUCUGGGUCAUGCAGCUCAGCACGGGGGAGAUCUUCUACCUGCUUUUCCCACCUAGGACAGAGACAGGUCUAUAAAAGCAUUAUUGCCACUUGGUUCUCUGUGCUCCUAAGAGCUCAGGGCCCACUGAGCUCCUCUGCUCACUGAGUUGGAGUCUUUCUCAGCUCAAGGGAGAUGGUGGCCUCUUGCCAGCACAGCCUCACACCUCAGCUUGGCUCCUGCAGUCUGUGGGAGACCCAACUCCCUUUUCCAUGCUGCUAUUUGAUGUUUUUUUUUUCCAGCUGCCAUGUUGGCACUGUCCAUCUUCUCCAACGGGGCUGACGGAACCAGGAGCAGAAGUGCUGCUCGGAGUCGUGUUAAAUCCAACAUUUAUUUUUUUUUAUCCAUUGAGAAAAGAUUGCACUGGGGCAAAGCUUUGCCCUCUGCCUUUCAGGUGCUGCUCCCAGGGGGUGCAGAGGGGAGCUGUGGGUCAUGGACAGCUGCCCAGCUCCUGUCCCCUCUUCCCCCACCCUGGGGCAAGGCCAGCUGGGUGGCCUUGCAGCAUCUACCACUGUAAGGACCUUAAAUGCCCGGUGGAGUCCCUAGGAAAGACCCUUCAUGACUGUGAUGGCCAUUGGUUGGGACAUAAGAGGGACAUGACCCACCACCUCCACCCACCGAGCCAGUGGUGUAGGACAACAUCCAACAAGAAGAGAGAACAGGCGAGGGGACCAUAUGGAUGAAAUAUAGCUGCUCAUAAAGUCCAGGUCACACUAGUGCCAAGAUCUUCUCCGUCACAGAUAGUGAGCCAAGGCUGCACCCUACCUGGGGCCACCAGCCAGCCCCCUGGCUAUGGGGGAGGGAUGUCCAAGGCCAGCGGGAGGGAAAGCUGGAGCAGAAAGCAGUCAAUGGUGCAUGGUGGGGUGGGAAACUCCUAUCAGCUGCUACCCCUCUCCCUCCCCACCCUCUGGCAGAUGGGCUGAGCUGGUGUCCUCCUGCUUUUCUUGCAUCUUCCGCUGUGUCCCCCGUCCCCCCCAGGCUGAGAAAGGAGGAUGGCACCAGAGGACUCUUGGAGUCGGGUUCCAGCUACCUCCCCUCCGGUUUCGGUUUCACUUGGUUGUAACUGUCGGUUUGUUCUAGGUUUUACCUGUGUUUAAGAAAAAAA